AUGUGUUAUGGAAAAAGUAUAUUAAAAACAUUAACUGAGAGAGCCAAUAAGCAAAGCAUGCCUGGAAUAACGCCUAUGCUCAUAUCGCUAGGUAUUGGAAUUAGUGUCCUUGGAAGAAGGCAAUAUUUAGAUGUAGAUGAUAGAACUUGUAUAACUGGAUAUAUAAAAAGAGCAGGAAAACGUGUUUGGAAUAUGAUGUCAGGAGAAGAAGAUGCAGUUGUAGCCAUUCCCAAACAAGAGCAAAAUAGGCCUGUAUUGGUGUUUGAUAGUUCGAACCUUUUGCUGAACAAAAAGUUUUUGCCUUUCAAGAUGGACUUUUUUGUCUCUAGAAGAGCAUUUACUGACGUUUUUCUGUUUCAUGCUGCACAUCUUUAUGAGCUGAUUCAUGUGUCUGAGUCAUCGACGCUGUUUGAUAAGAUGAUGAUGCAUAAAAUGGACCCGUAUGGAUGCAUUUCAUAUAAGGUUUAUUGCAAGGACAAGCAGAGGUUUGAAGGGAAACACUUAAACAGGUCGUUAGAAAAGGUUGUAGUGGUGUGCACUAAGGACGAUGAGUAUCACAAGGACUUUUCACAGAACGUUCUUAAGUUGAAUAAAUGGAGCGGAGAACCUGAGAUGGGAUUAUUUGGAUUACUAAACUUUUUGCAUAGCUUAUAUUUUUCAGGCAUAAACGACUUUAGACCAACAUUAAUGUCAUAUACAGGGAAAGAUUUCCACGAGGCGUUUGAGAAAGUCCAGAAAGCGGUUUUUGUGAGUAGAAACAUGUUUUCAUGGAACACAGGAAGGAAGUAUGAAGGAAGAGUAGAGGAAAUCAACAGAUGUAGGAUCAAUGACUAUGAAUCUGCAAGAAAAGUAAUGGACAAGGAUGUAAAUAAUGUCAAUUCCGAUGAAGGUUUGCUAUCUGUUUUUGGAUCGAUUAUGAACCUUGUAGUUAGAGUAUUCUUAUGA